CCAAGGCGCACAACGAGCUCGCCGCUCGCCUCCUUGUCCUCAACACCUCCCCUCCCCUCCUCUCCAUCCUAUUAUCCUUAGGCGACUACGCUCGAUAAAUCACUGCCGUUACGCGUCACCGCUGGCAGAGAGGAAGAAGUAGUCUGCUCAAUCUUCAAAACGCAAAAAUCCGGUCACACAUCUCUGUCCGGCCUCACCCUAUCACCUACAACCGCGCAUCAUGCCGCCCGUCUAUGUCAAGCCCGAGAACGCGUUGAGGCGUGCUGAGGAGCUUCUUGCCCUCAACACUCCUCAGUCGCAGGCUCAGGCCUUCGAAUUCCUCUCUGAGGUCUUCCUUGCUCGUCGCUUCAGAAGUGCGCCGAUCCCCACACUCGAGCCCAUUGUCAUCAAGUACCUUGACCUCUGUGUUGCACUGCAGCGCAAGAGCGACGCGCGUGAGGUGCUCGUUCAGUACAAGAACACUGCGCAGAACAUCAAUGUUGGCUCGAUCGAGAAGGUGCUCCUGCACUUCAUCGACAAGGCCGAGGCGCGCCUCACCGCCGCGAUGGAGAAGGCCGAGAAGGAGGUCGCUGCCCUUGGCGCCGCCCCGGUCGAAGCGCAGGACGACGACCUGCGCCUCCAGCCCGUGACGAUGCUCUACGACUCGUUCCUUGAGAGCGCGGGUGACCGCGAGCGUAUCGAGCGCCGCCUUGUCCACCCAGCCCAGAAGUUCACGUAUGAUGCGUACGAUGUCUCGCUCGAUAUUGCCAAGGGCAAUGACCGUCUGGAGCUCGUCUACCAGCAGAUUGCCAACCGCGCGUUUGCAUUCUGCAAGCAGCACCAGCGCAAGAGCGACUUCCGACGCCUCUGCGAGCAGCGCCUUCGCAAGGACCUCCAGAACGCGACCAAGUACUCGCACCAGGCUCACUCGAUCAACCUUGCCGACCCCGAGACUCUCUCGCGCCACCUCGACACGCGCUUCCUUCAGCUCGAGACUGCCGUUGAGCUCGAGCUCUGGCAGGAGGCCUUCCGCUCCAUCCAGGAUGUGCACGACCUCGUCGCCGGCAAGAAGGGCGCCAAGCCUUCCAUGAUGGCCAACUACUACGAGAAGCUCACCCAGAUCUUCAACGCCGAGGGUGGCAAGCAGGUCGCCGUCUUCCACGCUGCCGCUUGGAGCCGCUACUACCAGUACGCCGAGCGCGCUGGCAGCGUCAAGGAGAAUGCCCCCGCUGCUGUUCUCCUCUCGGCCCUCUCCGUGCCCCUUGGCGACGUUGAGACCAAGCAGCGCCUUAUUGCCCUCCUCAAUCUUCCUAAGAUGCCCACGCGUGAGGCGCUUGUUCGCGAUGCUGCCGCCAAACACCUCAAGCGUGUUCCCGCCGAGGUCCGCCAGCUGUACAACAUCAUCGAGACCGACUUCCAGCCCCUCAAGGCCUGCAAGCAGCUCGCUCCUAUUGUCGCUGGUCUCUCGACUGACUACGCUGCCUAUCUCCCCGCUCUCCGUGACGUUGUGCUCUCGCGCCUCAUCCAGGAGCUCUCGCAUGUCUACGAGACUGUCUCGCUCUCGCAUAUUCUCUCGCUUGUCAAGGCCUUUGACAACGGGCCCUGGGCGACCGACAUGCCUGCCCUUGAGAAGUUCCUCAUGACCGCCUCGCGUCGUGGUGACAUCAACGCUACCGUUGACCACGUCGCCAAGACCGUAAACUUCGCCACCCCUGGGGCCGACUUGCACCGUCUCUCAAACCUUGCCCUUUACCUCAACACUGCACUCAACUACCUGAACCCGGUGCCCUCGGUCACCCGCCAGGAGGCGUACGCUGCGGCGAUCGCCGACGCCGAGGAGGAGCGCAAGCGCACCGAGCACCGCCGUCUUAUCGUGCAGAAGCGCCGCGAGCUUAUGGAGGAGGCCAGCCUCCGUCGCGAGCGUGAGGAGUCGACUGCCAAGGCUGAGCGGGCCAAGCAGCUCGCCGAGGAGACUGCUCGCCGCGAGAAGGAGGCUGCCCGCCAGGCUGACAUGGACCGUCUCCAGCGCCAGAUGGAGGCGACGCGCCGCGAGGAGGCACGCAAGCUGGCCGAGCAGCUUGCCCAGAAGGGUCACCUCAAGGUCGACAUCUCGACGAUGAAGGACGAGGAGCUCGACACUUCGAAGAUUGUCGCCAUGCAGGUCGAGCACAUCGCCAAGGAGAAGCGCGAGCUCACUGAGCGCGUGCGUAUCAUCGGCAAGCGGAUGGAUCACCUCGAGCGCGCGUACCGCAAGCAGGAGCGCCCUCUUCUCGCUGCCGACUACGAGCGUCAGAAGAUCGACGACCGUGCGGCGCACGACCGCGCAAACAAGGCGGCUCGUGAGGCUGCCAUCGCUCAGCAGGCUGCCAUGCGCGAGCUCAAGGGCCGUCUUGGCCGCAUGAUGCCUGACUACCUGGUCGCGCGCCGUGCUGUCGAGUCUCAGCAGGAGAGAGAGUUCGAGGCUGCACGCAAGGCUGCCGCUGCCAAGAUCGCCGAGGAGAAGAAGCGGUAUGCUGCCGAGGUUCUUGCUCGCCACAGGGCGGAGAAGGAGCGCCGUGCAGCCCAGGAAGCGGCGGAGCGCGCGGCCGAGGAGGAGGCCCGGCGCAAGGCUGAGGAGGAGGAGCGCCUCAUCAAGGAGCGCGAGGCGCAGGAGGCCAAGGCCAAGGCCGAGAUCGAGGCGAGGAGAAUGGAGCAGGAGGCCAAGCGGGCGGAGGAGCGUGCGCGGCGCGAGAAGGAGCGCGAGCACGAUGCCGAGCUCCUCCGUCUCCGUCUCCAGCGUGAGGAGGAGGCCGAGGCGCGCCGUCGCGAGCGUUCUGCUGGUGGCUUCGCCCGCCCAACUCCUGCCGCUGCGCCGGCCGCGGCAAGCGCUGGCACCCGCCCGCCCAUCUUUGCCGCGCGCGGCGGUGCUGCCGCUGGCGGUGGCGGCUGGCGUGAGCGCGCGGCCGCGAAGGAGGCGGCGGCUCGCCAGGGCGGCGCGCCCCCCGUUGCCGCGAACGGGUCGCCUGGCGGGUCGCCCCGCGUCGGCUCCCCCGCCACCCCUGGGUCGCCCGGCUCACCAGCGCCCGCCGAGGAGAAGCCCGGCGUCUGGCGCCGCGGACAGGGGGCGCCCCCUCGCGGCGGCGGUGCUCCGCGCGGCGGCACAGCCCGCCGCUGGUGAUGAUAGAGCCUAAUAGUGUCGGUAGAUGUUAGGUUUGCAUAUCUUAGGCAAUUGGGGGGAGGAGCGUUGGAGCCGGAGCGAGGGAGUUCCGCAUUCAAGAUUUAGAAGUCUCUGCGUCGGGAGAUACUGCCACUAGUUAUGGGUUACAUCCCCUUCAAGCCCUCGGUCUCCCAUCCGAUGCCCUGCAGUCCUCGCGGUUAACAUCCUUGAGAUGGACGGCCAAGGUG